CUCCUCGCUUCCCAAGCGGGCAUCUUUUUCUCCGCACAAAACAAAACAUCGAAUUAGAAGCCGGGAAACGACGAGCCCCAACCCUAAAACCAGGGCGCUCCCGUCGCCGGAGCUCCGAUCGAGCCGCCGGUUAUCCCUCCUCGGGUUAUCCUUUUCCUGCACCUCCGGGCGGCGGCUGCGGCGGCGGUGAUGAGCUAAGCCAUGGGUUGCAUCCUCGCUAAAGAGGCCUCCCCUCCCCCCACGCCCUCCUCCCUCGGCAGCCGCCGGCGGGAGAAGGAUCGCACUGUCGCCCCCGUCGCUUCCGGCCGCAAGUCCCAGGCCACGCUGCCCAGGAACGAGACCGUCGUCGAUGCCUCUGCGACCGUCACCGAGGUCGCCACCCGGCAGGAAGAUGCGGAACGGCCGGCAGGGAAACGUCCGGCGCGGCGUCGGCGGCAGAGGCCCGAACCGAGGCUGAGCAACCCUCCCGGCCACGUCCACGGCGAGCUGGUGGCCGCCGGGUGGCCCUCCUGGCUUUCCAAUGUCGCUGGGGAGGCCAUCAAGGGCUGGACGCCCCGACGCGCCGACACCUUCGAGAAGAUCGACAAGAUUGGGCAAGGGACCUACAGUAACGUUUACAAGGCUAGGGACAUGUUGACGGGUAAAAUCGUGGCUCUGAAGAAGGUCAGGUUCGAUAAUAUGGAGCCAGAGAGUGUGAAAUUUAUGGCAAGGGAGAUCCUUAUUUUACGAAGGUUGGAUCACCCUAAUGUGGUGAAACUGGAAGGUCUAGUGACUUCCAGGAUGACUUGCAGUUUGUACUUGGUGUUCGAGUAUAUGGAGCACGACCUUGCUGGUCUAGCUGCGAGUCCCACGAUUAAGUUUACCGAGCCUCAGGUGAAGUGUUAUAUGCACCAAUUAUUGUCAGGAUUGGAGCACUGUCACAAUAAUGGUGUGCUGCACCGAGACAUUAAGGGUUCCAAUCUCCUGAUUGAUAAUGAAGGGUUACUUAAGAUCGCAGACUUUGGCCUAGCUACGUUCUUUGAUCCUAACCAUAAGCAUCCAAUGACUAGCCGGGUGGUCACUCUAUGGUACCGGGCACCAGAGCUUCUCUUGGGAGCCACUGACUAUGGUGUGGGUAUAGAUCUUUGGAGUGCAGGCUGCAUUUUAGCAGAGUUGUUAGCCGAAAAACCUAUUAUGCCUGGGAGAACUGAGGUUGAGCAGCUGCAUAAGAUUUUCAAGCUUUGUGGUUCCCCUUCAGAGGACUACUGGAAGAAGUCAAGGUUGCCACAUGCCACAAUUUUUAAACCUCAACAAUCAUACAAACGUUGUAUAAAGGAGACAUUCAAGGAUUUUCCACCAUCAUCAUUGCCAUUAAUCGAAACUCUUCUGGCAAUCGAUCCAGCUGAACGUUUAACUGCCACAGCUGCAUUAAAUAGUGAAUUCUUUAGUACUCCACCAUAUGCAUGUGAGCCAUCCAGCCUGCCAAAAUAUCCUCCAAGCAAGGAGAUGGAUGCUAAACUGCGGGAUGAAGAAACAAGAAGACUGAAAACUGCUGGAGGGAAAGGCAACAUAAAUGGAACGAAGAAGACACGCACACGUGACCGAGCUAUGAGGGCAGUUCCAGCCCCAGAUGCUAAUGCUGAACUUCAAGUAAACAUAGAUAGAAGGCGUCUGAUUACACAUGCUAAUGCAAAGAGUAAGAGUGAAAAGUUCCCCCCACCACACCAGGAUGGAGCACUUGGCUACCCAUUGGAGUCCUUGCAUCAUAUGGAUCCUGCAUUUGACCCCCCCGAAGCUUCAUUCGGCACAGUGUUCCCCUACCAGAAAGGAGGAAUGACAGCAUGGUCUGGACCAUUGAUUGAUUCUGCUGCUGCGGGAAACCCAAGAAGAAAGAAAAAAUCUGCGGGCAAUUCUCAGAUACCGACGAACUCAAAACAGCUUGCAGGUGCCAGUGCUACUAAGGAAGCAUAGAAAAACAAGGGCAUUAGUCAAGUCAGAUGAGAUGCAUGCCAUAUCAAACAGGCAAAUUGUUUAUUACUUGAGCAUUGUCAUAUGCUGGUGUAGUUAGAAACCCUCUUAAUUGGAUGGCCAGGUAAAAAGUAGCUUUCUUCAACCCCUUUCUUUGUAUUUCUUCUAUAUCUGUUAAUUUUUUGUAUUGUUAGCCUUGAGUCAGCAAGAUGGAGAAGAGUCUAUUGGUGCCUUGUAAAUUGCCUUUUUUUUCCCUCCUUUUGGCCUUUUGAUUCCCGUAUUAAGAACUGGAUUCUGGUUUAGGUUAUUCGAGUCAAAUAAAUGUCUGGAAUCCUGGAAUUUCUGAAUCC